AUGGUUCGGAGCACCUGGGCCCAGGUGGUGCUUCAGGUGAAAAGAGCAGAGACGUGGGGGAGGAAUCCGGGGCUGGAAGGGGGCGAAGGAGAAGGAGAAGGAGGAGGAGAAGGAGGAGGAGGAGGAGGAGGAGGGGGAGGAGGAGGGGGAGGAGGAGGGGGAGGAGGAGGGGGAGGAGGAGGGGGAGGAGGAGGGGGAGGAGGGAGACGCGAGGCCAAGGACCACUCCAGCAGGGCAGAAGCGCCUGUUUCAGACGCUCCUGCCACACACGCUCCUUCCACACACGCUCCUGCUACAGACGCUCCUGCCACACACGCUCCUGCUACAGACGCUCCUGCCACACACGCUCCUGCUACAGACGCGGCCUAUGCAACUGCGAGCAGUGGUUUGGGAGUGGGUGGGACAAGGGAGACUGUAGAGGAGGCUAGCAGCGACGCUGGGCGCGACAGGGUGGCAGCAGGGGGUGCGCUGGCAGCGGGGGGCUUGGCGGGUGCGGGGUUGCUGGGGGGGGUGAUGGCGCGCGCGAUGGCGCAGCAGCAGGGCAGAGACGUGGUUCGCGCAGGCAUGUUCUUUCGGGCUGAACGGGAGCGCCAGCUGCGGAGGGAGCUGCGGGGCGUGGGGGGCGGGUGGGGUGGGGGGGAUGGGGGGGUUGUGGGGGGCGCGAGGGGCGCGAGGGGAGUGUUUUUUGGAGCUCCUAUGCUGCCAGUGGUGCUGGAAGACGGUAGGCAGACUGGCAUGGGGCGGAGCGAGGGGCGGGCAGAGGGGCAGCAGUCAGGGGAGCAGCAGAGGAAGGUGCAGUCAGCUGAAUUCCCUAUUGGGAUGGCAGGGAGUGAGGUGGAGGGCGGUGCGGGUGGGUGGAAGAAACAGGCGCAUGGGCGGAAGUUAGGGCAUGAGAAACGGCGAGCGCGGGAGGGAGGAGAGAAAAGAGCUGAGAGAAAGGAAGGAGUGGAGGGUAGGGGAGGAGAUGAGAGCAAGGGCAGUAAGUGGGGAGCGGAAGGGAGCAGGCAGAAGGGGCAGAAGGGGCGAAAAGGGGGUGGGGCAGAUGGGUUUGAAGAGCUCAUGCUGGCAGCAGCUGCUAUGCAGGAGAACGAGGGGGAUGCCGGGGGCGGAGAUGGGGGAAGGGGGGAUGGCGGAAGGGGGGAUUGCGGAAGGGGGGAUGGCAGAAUGGGGGAUGGCAGAAGGGGGGAUGGCGGAAGGGGGGAUGGCGGAAGGGGGGAUGGUGGAAGGGGGGAUGGGGGAAAUGGGGAUGGCGGAAGAGGGGAAGGCGGAGGGGGUGGUGGUGGAGGGGAUGGGAGGUUGGGGAUGGGCGACAGGGAGAUGAAGAAGACAAGAAGCUUCCCGGAUAUGGGCGAGAAGGUGAGAGAAUAUGGAGGGUUGUCAGCGGAUGAGGAGCGGAGAGGGGAUGGGAAUGAGAAGGGGGAAAGAAGUGGGGAGGCGGAGGAAGGGGAUGGAGGGGGGGAAUUGACUGCGGCGGAGUUGGCAAGGCGGCGGUUGCAGGAAGCAUUAGGGGGAGAUGAGGAGGAUGAGGACGACUGGUUGGCGGAUGACCUGGGUCUGGGCGCGGCUGUGGUGGCAGCUCGGCGCAUUUCCACCAACAGCUGGUCUUCUGCUGCCACGGUGAGUGCUGUGCUGGCGGUGAGCUCUAUGAUUGUGAUUGUACAGGCUGAGUGGAUGGGGGAUGAGGAGGGCGGGGAGGACUGGCUGGCUGAUGAAUUGGGGCUGGGUGCGGCUGUGGUGGCUGUGGUGGCUGCUAGGCGCAUCUCCACCAACAGCUGGUCGUCCAGUGCCACGGAGAUGGCGGAGCAGUCUUGCAGCGCCUUGAACCCGUCCCCACCCCUUCUCCCUCUCCCCACCAUUUCCCACAUGUCCUUCCUCUCACAGCCCUCCCGCACGAGCAUGCAGCUGAACGGGUUCCUGUGCCAGGAGAUGGCGGAUCUGGCACAGCGGCUUCGCAGGGAUGAUUUGGCAACUGGGGGAGGCGCGGGCGCGUCAGCAGCAGCAGGAGGAGGAGGAGGAGGAGGAGGAGGAGGAGGACUUCACCAGUGCGAGAGAAGGGGCACGGUGGGAGGAGGGACUCUCAGGGUGCGUGGAGGUGGAGGGAGAGAUGCAGAGAAGGAACAGCGAAAACUCGCAGCGGCCGGUGUGGGGGGAGAGGCUGCUGGGGAGGGUGGAGCAGGGGCAGGGGCAGGGGCAGGGGCAGGGGCAGGGGCAGGGGGGGGAAGGCUUUUUGGGAGACAAUGA